UAGUUCGGAGCUUUCUAGAUAAUGGGUCCCAUACAUGUACUGUCUGCCCAGGGAGACUAAAGAGAAGCGAGAAGAUUCCAUUGUGGGAAUAGGAAGAUGCACUUGUUUUUGCUGCAUUGAAUCUAUAAAAUUAAAACAGCAGAGUAGACGCAUCAGUGAAUAUCAUCUGAGACUGAGUAGUAGGUGCGUUUGUAGUUGAUGCCCUGCUCGAUAGUCUGUUCUGGCAGAGGUUAAUGGGAGCCGCUAGGACCCCGCAGAUAUCGCCGAGUCAGAAGCAGCAGCAGAGCGGGGCAGCACUGAGCAUGCGCGGAGCGACUGUUGUAUGUGGCUGUGGUGUUAGUUACUGAUAUAAACAGCUGGAGCUUGUGGAGCAGCAGAACAGCCUGGAUGCGCCUUCUGAUAAGUCAGCGCUCGCUCUCCGGCUAUGUUUAGUUAUCUGACGAACGCAGCAGCAGCACUCCGGCAUGGGAAAAGCAUGGGAUUUAUCUGCUCAUUCCUGAGCUUUUCUUGGGCUUGACAAGUAGACACUUUCCUCUCUGCGCCUUCCUGUGCUCAGAAUAAGAAAAGCAGAAGAAAGAAAAUAGUACAGACAUAAGAUAAAAUAGAAAAACAAAGCUGGAACGCAACACAGGCCGUUAGAUUCAGGAGUUGUUAUCCAAAGUGAAAGUGCCAAAAUGAAGAAAUAAAAUGGUGCCAUUUUUUAACUUCCAUCCACUGACUUUGGGAAGAAGAUAAUUUUCUACACCAUGGCAGUAAAUAUGUCAUAUUUAGGUGGAACUUUGAAUGGUCACAACCAGAUUUUUAUAAAAGUGAUGCUAUAAUCAGUUGUUUUUGAAAAUAUUUCUACUACCACCCCCUUCCCCCCUUUUUUUCUCCCUCCCCUUAUUUUUAUGAUUUUAAGGUGGGCAUGGCCAAACCUUUCUUCAGCCUACAGAAGUUUCUAAGGCGGGCCCAGUUUUUUCUCUUCUUUCUCACUGUUGCUUAUCUAAUGGCUGGAAGCUUGCUGCUUUUACAGAGAUCUUAUUUGGUCAUCCAGCAAAGUAACCGAGGAAGUGCAGGUAAUCAGGGUUCAUCAGCUGACAGUUUUGGCGAUCAGCAUCUUGAUCAUAGGAUGGUUCAGAACACAUACUGGAGUCCAAAAGGAUUGGCUGAUGUAAAAUUAAACACUAAACACUUACACACUCAAAGACAUGGAGUAAUAGAUCAGCCACUUUGGUUGAUUUCACGCAACUCAGAGCUAAGGCAACUAAGGAGAAGAUGGUUUCACAAUUUUGUAAAAGAUCAGGAUCCUUCUCUUGGCACACCAUCCAAAGUAUUGAAGCACACACUGGUCAACAAAGGAACAUAUGUUGGAUGCUUUGUUGAUAACGCAGAGAAAAGGACUCUCAAAGCUACAGUGUUCUUUGAUCUUCGGAAAAUGACUGUAAGCCACUGCCAGGAUGCCUGUGCGGAAAGGACAUAUGUUUAUGCUGGUUUAGCAUAUGGAUCUGAAUGUUACUGCGGAAACCAUUUGCCUCUGAAUAGAGCGAAGGAAGAAGAGUGCAACAAUGAAUGUAAAGGAGAGAAAGGUUCCGUGUGUGGAGGUGUCAACCGACUGUCUGUUUUCAGGUUGGACAAUCUGCAGGCACCAUCAAAGCAAAGGAGGAAUGUUACCUACCGAGGAUGCUUCAGAGCACCAGAAAAUGUAACAAGGAUAUUUCCUGUCUCAUUUCCAAAUCUAACUGUUGAAAUGUGCUCAGAAUUCUGCUCUGAUAAAGAAUAUCCACUAGCAAUUGUGAAAUGGACAGAAUGCUUCUGUGGCUACCCAACAGUUCAGUUCAACCUGUAUGAACCCCUGGAUGAAUCUCUCUGUGCUGGGUACCUAAAUGGCGCCAAUGAAUCAGAGGCACUAAGGGAAGAGAAUUACUGUUCGGUUUAUCAAACACCUAUACAAGAUACCAGGUGCACCAACAGGAAAUUCCUUCCAAUCAAAACGAAAGUGUUUAUUGCUUUAUCAAGCUUCCCUGGGGCAGGAAAUACAUGGGUGAGGCAUCUAAUAGAGCACGCAACAGGAUAUUAUACUGGAAGCUAUUAUUUUGAUGGAACAUUGUACAACAAAGGCUUUAAAGGGGAAAAGGAUCACUGGCGAAGUGGAAGGACUAUAUGUGUGAAGACUCAUGAAAGUGGCAAGAGAGAAAUAGAAAUGUAUGAUUCCUCCAUUUUACUUAUAAGGAAUCCUUACAAAGCCCUGAUUGCAGAGUUCAACAGGAAAUGUGGAGGCCACCUUGGCUAUGCAACAGAGAGGCACUGGAAUAGUAGAGAGUGGCCGGAAUUUGUUGAUAGUUAUGCAUCAUGGUGGGCCUCACAUGCUCUAGAUUGGCUGCAGUAUGGAAAGAAGCUUAUUGUAGUACAUUAUGAAGACCUAAAGAUGGACCUUAUUGGUAAAUUAAGAGACAUUUUAGCCUUUCUCAAAGUGCCCAUAAAUGAAGACCGCCUGCUUUGUGUGGAAAACAACAAGGAUGGAAAUUUCAAACGGAUAGGUUCCAGUCAGUCAUCCUUGGAGCCUUUUACUCAAGAAAUGAAGAAUGUCAUUGAUGGAUUUAUUAGGACGGUAGACAAGGCUCUCAAGGCUAGGAACUUUACAGGUUUGCCGGAAGAAUACAUGCCAAGAUGAUAUCAAAUGACUCGUUUUUGCCUUUCUUGGACUUUAAACAACACAAGAACCUGCAAACAGAUUAUCUGCGGUAGUACUGUGAGUUUGUUUUAAGCCAAGGCAGAAACCAUAGACAUCUCUGUGUGUAUUUUUGUACAAAUGGCUGGGAGUUUUACAUUUGUACAUUAUGAUUUUGGAGAGGUUAUUUUGGUCAUCGUUGCUGUCUUUUAGCAAUACCUUUCAGAAGUAGUUUCAUCUUUAAGUCUCGGAGUUUGAAAUCUGUCAGACUUGCUUUGUGUAAAAUAAAUAAAGGUCGGAGCAGGAUACAGCUUAUUUUCUUUAAAA